CUUCCGUCUUCACGGGCGGGGACCUCAGCCCGGCGGAAGGUUCCUUUCUGGAUCCUAGCGGGUCUCUUGCUGUGCGUUUGUUUCGCGGACUGCAUUCUACCAAGGCCUGGUAGUUAGCAUGCAACAUCCUUUCGGGAUAAGAAUCGCCGUCCGCCUGUCUCCAGGAAGAUUUAGGGCGCGAGAGCCCGGGCAGGUAGCGCCCACCUUUGGCUUGAGCGGUCGGAGGCCUGAAAUGGAGCAUUGGCGGUGGCUGAGUCCCCGUCCAGUGGACGCCCUGAAGCGUUUGCGGGCUGAACCAAUGGGACUGCCGGGGCGAGCCCUGGGAGGCGGUUGGUGGCCCCCAACCCAAGCUGGGUGAGGAUUUGCACGUCGGUCUCAUUCAAGGGUACUACGCCUGAAUAUCCUCAUUCCUUCCAUCUAUCAACAGUGGCUCCGCGUAAGAAUGAUAAAUAUUUGAAGUGUUUUCCCAAAGCUGCUGGAGGCUUCCCUGGCCGUACGACGACUAUUCAGUACCUGGCGAUAAGUAGGCUGGAGCCGGGUCAGGUGCAGAGGCACGCGGAGAUAGGGUGUCUCACUUCCAUCGGCGAGUUGGGCUGCUUAUAGGGUUUUUAAUUGGAGGUAAAUAAUCUGGUUGACUUUUCGUCUCUCUAGAUACGUUUGUGCUUAGAUCUCUAGAUACAUGCUCUGGGUUUAUUAUUUGGGAUUCUCUUAAUUUUGUAUGCUUAUUAUUUUGAAAAACUUUGUCAUUGUCUGCCUCAGCUUUUGUUCUUAGUACUGGGAUGUAACCCCCAUUCCCCAUGCUCUACCACUGAACUACAGCCCCAGUCCUUUUUAUUUUAUCUUAUUUUGAGACAGGAUCUCGCUAGGUUGCCCAUACAGGUCUAGAUCUUGUGAUCCUCCUGCCCCAGCCCCCAACCGUAAUUACAGGCAUGUAAUUAGGACCUGCUUGUCUCAGCUAUUUUUAAAUGGGCUCUGCAGUCAGGGGAGUUAUUUCCGGAAGUCCGACCUCUAGGCAAUGACUUAUGCUACCUGGGAAUAACUUGUAUGGAAGUUGACUUAAAGUUCUCUCUCCCCAGGGAAAGAAGUACUGUGAAAAAUCCUAAGAGGCUUCAAGCCUCAGAAUUCCUUUAUUUACCCACCUCUGUCAUUGCUCUCUCUGACUCAGCCUUUCUCCCUAUAAACAGGUGAAGUUCCAGGAAGUAGGGGUUUGAGUUUAUUAGACUAUGAUUUUUCUUGUCAUUCUUUCCCCACCCCCCAAAGGGGUCUUGCUAUGUUUCCCAUUCUGGCCUGGAACUUGGGGCUCAAGUGAUCCUCCGGGCCUCAGCUGCCUGAGGAACUGGGACUACAGAUGUGCAGCACGGAACAGACUCAAUAAUGAAUGAUUUUUGUAACUACAAAAGUAAUUUAUAAGCUGGGCCCAAAUUUGAGGCCAGCCUCAGAAAUUUUGCAGGACCCUGUCCUAAAUUAAGAAAUAAAAAUAAAAAAGUCUAGGUAAUGUAGCUCAGUUGAUAAAGCACCAGUACCCGCCCCCCCCCCCCCCAAAGCAACUUACAGUAACUUGGAAAUAAUCUUUUUUAAAUACCUUAUUUUGCUACAGGGUCUCCCUGAGUUGCUUAAGGCCUUGAUAAGUUGCUGAGGCUGGCUUUGAACUCAUGAUCCUCCUGCCUCAGCCUCCUGACAACUAGGAUUAUGGGCAUUCACCAUUGGUCCAGUUGAAAUCAUCACAACUACCUGGUGUCUCAAACCAGAAAUAGGACCUUGAUCUCAAUUCUCCCAAAUAUCAGUGUCAUUAAAUUCCCUCUACUUAUUGCCCAAAUAUCUUCCAAUACUUGCUUUCCACCAUUUCUUUGGAAAGAGCUCCAUCCUCUCUCACCUCAGUUACUGUAACAGCCAUCUUGUUAGUGUGGUCACUCUCCCUUGGAUCAUUUUUCACACUGCUACUGGAAGGAUCUUUAAAAAUCUGUAUCUCAGGGGAGGGCUUGCUGUAUGUCAGCUUUUUUAUUUUUUUGAACAAGCUCCAAUCUUGAUGCACAACAAGAUUUGACCCUGAGUAUAUGAGAUAAAGUGUAAAUAGCUUAACAUAUGAACCCUCUCAGACCUGUAUUCUAGUUCUGAGAUUAGAUAGAUAGAUAAGAAAGAAAAGAGAGAGAGAGAAAGAAAGAAAGAAUUUCUUAAGGGGAAGGGAGGGAGGGAAAGAAUUUCUUAAGGUAUAGUCCCUUUCUGGAGUUCUGUCCUGUACUUGAGUUCAAAUCCUGAACAUGGUGUUCUCUCAAGCCUGCAGGCCUCAUAUUGUUCUUCCUACAUAGACUGCCCAAUCUACCAUUUCCUAUUUACCUGCCUAGAGAACUUUUUUUGGGGGGCAGUACAAACAACACCAUCUCUAUAAAGCCUUCUUUCCCCUCUCCUUCCAGGUUUGUUCAUAGCAAUUCAUCUCUCUGUACCGUCAUUUUAUUUAUAUAAAAUCCCUUGUUAAUUGCUAACUCCUCAAAGGAGACUGAUAUAUCUGUUUUUGUAUCUUCAGGAUCUAGCAAUGUUUUCAUAUAUACUAGGCAGCUUAAUACAUGCUCCUUGAGUGAACUGUUUUACUCCCUAAACACAUGAGGGACUAGAGCUAUCACUAAGGUACCUAUCUAUCCAGGGACCAGUUUUGUGGGAGCAAAAGACAGGCUUUCUUACCAUUGGUGUUCCUUCAUAGACUGAGGAUGUAGAGCUGACUUCCAGCAGAACUUUGGAACUAUACUGCCAGCAGGGUCAGACUGUCAGUAGGGGAAUUUUACCAGUAGCCUGUGGCAUAAUCUGUUCUUUUUGUUUUGUUUUGGGGGAUGGAAGACAUGAGACUAAAUCCUUGCUCUUUCCUGUCCACCCCUCCCAUCUUAAAUCCAAAGAACCUGGGACUACAGCCUCCUGUCCUCCUCACUGUCAUUUCCACCGAACUUGUUCUUCCAUUCCACUGAGACCUGCAACCUAUCCUUCUGCCCUUUUGGUCUGUUUCUAGCUUGUCUUCCUUACCUAUAUAGUGUAGAUUCCACAUUCCAUUAUUGUGACCACAUUCUUGCCUGUGCUCUUGGUGCCUCUACCAUUAUUUCAUUUUAGUUGCCAAACAAAACUGUAAUCUUAGAUUGAAUUAUCCACCAGUAUUCAAGCACCUACAGCUAAGAUGCUAAAAGAAUCUCAACAUUGUAUGUCUCUAAGUUUUAUUUUCCAGCCUCGCUUGGACUUUCAUUGCUAACCAGUCCCUGUUCAUUUCUAAACCAGGUCCUUUCCAUUCUCUACAAUUCAUUCUUUUCAAACCUCUGACUUCAACUUUCUUUGCAUCACUGGACUCCCUGCUUAGCCUCAUAGGAGCUACAAACAAGAAAAUCAGUUUUGCAUACUCUUUGGGUGCUGUGACAGUGAAAGUAUCAGAGCUGUGAGCGUACCCAGAACUAACUUAACCUUGAGCUGUCAAUAAAGGCUUCCUAAAAACAGCUCCACACCAUAGUCACAGCUGGUCAGGAGGCUGAGACAGUAGUUUGAGACCAACCUGGGCAACUUAGUGAACCUAUCUCAUUAGGAAAGGGCAGUGGGAAUUGUCCUGCCAAGCAUACACAAGGCUCUGGACUUCAACCUCCACCCACUACCACUAAGCAAGACCAAAAAAAAAAAAAAAAAAAUCCCAAACUUAGUGAAAGAAGAAUAGGAGUUUUCCAGGCAAACAGAACAAAGAUGGAAAAGCAGUUCUGUUUGGUUGGCACAUUGUUAUGUGUGCGUUAAAAGAUGAAAGUUGGAGCACUAAGUGAGGUGUGCAUGUCUUUAAUCGAGUGACUUGGGAGACUAAGGAAGGAAAGUUUGAGGCCAGUCUCAGCAACAUAGUGAGACCCUGUCUCAAAAAUAAAAAGGACUGAGGAUAUAACUCAGUAGUAAAGCAUCCCUAGGUUUAAUCCUUAGUAUGCAGUACCAAAAAUAAAAGUUGGAGAAGUGGGCAGGUUUAUCUUAAAUCCAAAUGGAAAAAAAAAAGAAAGAAAGAAAAGAAACAAUCCCGAGGUGAAUAAGAAGACAUUGAAUUGUUCUAAAUGGGAAGAAAAUCAGAUUUAUCCCAUGGACUUCAGUGAAUAGACAGACUUAGGGGAGCAGAGACUUGCUAGGAUAAUCAGUUGAAUGAUUGAGGCUUGAAGUAAGGGAGGAAUGGUGGACUUGGAGAACCAUGAGUACAUUGUUGAUAUAUUUAGGAGGUUUGAGUGACAAGACUUGGUGAUAGAUUGGAUGUAGGGACCAAAGCAGCAGGGGAAUCUGGGAUGACAUUUGUGUGUCUAAAGACAACUAGUGUAGAACUUACAGAAAGGAAAAGUCAGAGAUGAAAAUAAGAAGUUCAGUUUUGUGCAUGAUGAGUUUGAGGUGCCUGAUAUCUGUGAUGUCUAGUAGGCAAGUGGGCACUGUAUCCAAAACCACAGAGAUAUCUGAGGUGCAGAUGAGAUUAGGAGCAGUCAGCAUAAACGUGGUAAUUGAAGCCUUGGGAGGGGAUGAGAUCCUUAAGAAAGGAAGUGGAGAUCUGAGAUAAUUGGGCUUGGGAUACGAUUAAGGAAUAGAUGGAGGAGCUGUAGCUCAGUGGUAGAUUGUUUGCCUAAUAUGUACAAAGCCUUGGGUGCAACCCUCAGCACUGUGAGGGGGAAAAAAAAGAUAGAUGAGGCUCCUGUGGAAGGAAUGACCAGAAGCAUGAGAAGAAAAUUAGAAAAUUUAGGGUCCUGAAAAGCAAGAAUGCCUUUCAGUGUCAAGUUUCUAGAAUGAGCGAGACAUGGUGGUGCAGGCCUAUAAUCCCAGCAAUUCAGGAGGCUGAGGCAGGAGGAUUAGGUGUUCAAAGCCAGCCUCGGAAAAUCAGUGAGAUCCUAUCUGUAAAAUAAAAUUUAGAAACACGGCGGUGGGUGGGGGGUGCUGAGGAUAUGGCUUAGUGGUUAAGCCCCCUGUGUACAAUUCCCGAUUUAAAAAAAAAAAAUCCUGGAAUGAGCUUUAACACCUAGUAGUUCUUCAUAAUAUACUCGUGUAUGUCUUGCUGAUAAUAAUAUACUCUUGUAUGGGUUGCUCUUGACCUUAUUGAUUAAUUUAGUGUUCAUAGAAAGUGCUCAGUAAAUCUGAAGUAAUGGGGAGUCUCCGUGGGGGAGUCUCACCAGAUUGCAGAACAUGCCUUUAUGAAUGAAUAUGUUCCAAACCACACAUUCUCAAGCUUUGUGGCCAGUGAUCAUGGAUAGAAAGUGGAUUGUGAUGUGUACAGAACUUGGGAUCUUAGGAAGUUCCGUAACGGAAGAAGUAACAACAGCCAGUGGAGACAAAAAGAAUUGCUUCUCUGUUCUUUCCCACUCCAAGUUCUUAGUGGAGGAUUGAGCCCAGCAUCCCAGACUUGUGUGACUAUAUAUGCAAGCAUUCAAAGUCUCAACUUGAUUUUGGUCCCUUAGCCAUCAAUGGCUCAAGGUGUUGGCCUCUGAAUAGACAGAGGCAUCUUAAGUAGCAAAACUCCUUACUUUAAGCAAACCCAAAAUCAUGAAGGGAGACACCAUGGAGUCAGCACCACCCACCGCAGCCUAUCGCUCUGUCAUGGAAGAGUAUGGUUAUGAGGUGGGCAAGGUCAUAGGCAAUGGCUCCUAUGGGACUGUGUAUGAGGCUUACUACACAAAGCAGAAGGUCAUGGUGGCUGUCAAGAUCAUCUCAAAGAAGAAGGCCUCUGAAGACUAUCUUAACAAGUUCCUGCCCCGCGAGAUACAGGUAAUGAAAGUCUUGCGGCACAAGUACCUCAUCAACUUCUAUCAGGCCAUUGAGACAACAUCCCGAGUGUACAUCGUUUUGGAGCUGGCUCAAGGUGGUGAUGUUCUUGAAUGGAUCCAGCGCUUUGGGGCCUGCUCUGAGCCCCUUGCUGGCAAGUGGUUCUCCCAGCUGACCCUGGGUAUCGCCUACCUGCACAGCAAGGGCAUCGUGCACCGCCUGACCCCCAGCCUUUCUGCUGCUAGUAGGGAUUUAAAGUUGGAGAACCUGUUGCUGGACAAGCGGGAGAAUGUGAAGAUAUCGGACUUCGGCUUCUCUAAGAUGGUGCCUUCUAACCAGCCUGUGCGUAGUAGCUCUUCUUACCGCCAAGUGAACUUAUUUUCCCACCUCAGCCAGACCUACUGUGGCAGCUUUGCUUAUGCCUGCCCGGAGAUCUUGCUAGGCUUGCCCUACAAUCCUUUCCUGUCUGACACCUGGAGCAUGGGCGUCAUCCUCUACACUCUAAUGGUCGCCCAUCUGCCCUUUGAUGACACCAAUCUCAAGAAGCUGCUGAAAGAGACUCAGAAGGAGGUCACUUUCCCAUCUAACUGCACCGUCUCCCAGGAGUGCAAGAACCUGGUCCUCCAGAUGCUACGCCCAGCUACCAAGCGUGCCACCAUCCUGGACAUCCUCAAGGAUCCCUGGGUGGUCAAAUUCCAGCCUGAGCAACCCACAUAUGAGAUCAGGUUACUUGAGGCUGUGUGCCAGUACCCCGACAACAGUAAUCGUCGUCGCCAGUCUUUGGAAGUCAGGAGCUGAAAAUAACUAAGGCAAGGUGCUGAGAGGAGCAAAGUAGGAGGGUCUGGGGCUUUUAUACCAAAAAUAAAUCUAAUUCUGACAGUUUCAUCAGUUAGGGUGGAUUUUCUGGCCAGAUCCUGUAACCAGUAAUCUUGACACUUGUGUAGGUCAACAAUAAUUCGAUGCAGUUCAUGGGGGUGGUGGGUGUGUGUGUGUGGGGGGGGGGGUGUCAGAUACUCAGAUUAAUACCCAAUUAAGUAUGCACUUAAUGUUCAAGAAGUGGGACAAAAGCUCUACUUUAUAGUUCUGCCUAUCUAUAGUCCAAAAUGAUAGCAUUGUAUGUUCUUUCACAAAUGAAUAUUAGGCCAUAUUUAGUACUUUGGCUCCUCCUUCCUUCAGUGCCACCUUAACUACUAUUGAAAUAAUACCAGGUAGUCAGGACUCCUUGUACUGUUGCUCCCAGACAUAGAAGUGACAAGAGUCUUCAAGUCACACCAAGUCUUCUCGUUAUGAAAGCUAAGAACUAGUGAGUUCUAGAUAAAGGAAAGCUACUUGCUCUAUCUAUCCCUGUAUUCUCCCUCCCUGUCCUUGAAAUGUGCUUUGCAAAGGAAAAUGGGGAAGUCAUGACUGAGAAAAGCAGUUAACACUAGAGAUGGCUCCAUGGAAGUUUGCUUACCCUCAACACUAGGCACCUUUAGGAUAAACCAACUUCAAAGGUAAAGUUAUUUCCCUAGAAUACAUGUUGAGAUUUAGAAACACCCAUUUGUUCUAUGUUCCAACCCCUUCUCAUGACUCAUUGUUCACAUGUUCAGUGCUUAAAACAGCUUUAAGACAGAGAAGAGUUUCAAGUGUACGUGAGAGAGUAUAGACACUGGUGAUCCAUCUACCCAAUUUUAUUGAUAACAAGGGCACUGUAACUGCUAUCAAAGAGAAUGGAGCCCAGGGGUCCCUGCAGCAAGAUCCUUCAGCGUUCAGCCAGGGAUGGAAGGGCAACAGGUCCCUUUCUCAUACAGGCAUACUACCACAUCAGCAAGACCUCCCAAAAAAGCUGUGCUUCUUUAGCUUGGCAUUUGGCACUUAAGGAAAAGGGACCAAUGAAGGCAGCAGGAGGAGGACAAACCCAGACUCAGGAUACCCACUCAGCCAACUGUUUUAAUUCUUCAUCUUCAUCCUCUUUGGGAGCUUUGAGGACAGGGACACCCAGAAAAAGAAAGGAGAAAUGUUAAAGCCUCAGUAACUUCUAGCUAUGCCCUACUGUGAACCCUGGAGCCUACUGAAGUGUGUCUCCCCAGCAAAGAACCUAAAGGUGUGUAGUCCUGCUUUUGAGGCUGCUACUCAUUCCCACAGCACCUUAAUGCAAAUUAGAAAAAGCUUCCUUUUGUUCCCAGCAUUUGCAUCCCUAAAGCAGGGUACACAGCUUGCAGUACUCCACUGAGUGGAGCACAGGUUGGAUUCUGGAUUUCAUCCACACUCCCUUUUAGUCAGAUGCUAUUACACAGUCAACAACCUGCAUAUGUGGCAGGAUGGAUGGGGAACAGUCUUACCCCAUAUCUCCCCACAUCAUCAAGUCUUCCAGACAACAAAUAGUCCUGGUUACCUGGCCCUGCAGGCAGAUGUGUAGAAGGUACACUAGGCAAUUUGACUGGGGGUUCUUCUUCCUCAUUGCCCACAUUUAACAACUCCUGGGCCAAUUUCUCCUGCUCUAGUUCCUCUAGCUCUUCCAGUAAUUCAUCCUGGAUAUCGGAUGACAAAAAAGUUAAAGACCAAGAAAAGAAAUUUCAACUUUCAAACAGAUCACUUUUGAAAUUCCCUUCCAAAUCUGCCCCAAGAGCUUCUGUUGGGCAUUCAUUCUGGCCAGUCUCAGCUUCUCUAAUAGUCCCUGACCCCUCACCCCCCAUUACCUCAUCCACAUCAUCUCCAAAGCCCACAGGCCGAGAAAUGGCAUCUGAGAUCUGCUGGGCCAGUUCCUGUUGUUCUGUGAUAUCAGCCAUCAAUUCAUCCACCUUGUCAAUGUCCCUGAGAACAAGAUGUACAGUGAAGAAAUCAGGCAAGACCCCUACCCCGAAUUCCUUAUAUCACAUGAAUGAAACCCUUCUGUCUUGUGGCCUCAUACUAAUAAAUUGAUGGCAGGAAAAAAGGUAGAAUCAAGUCUGGGCCAAGGAACAGCAAAAAGCCACAAUGGAAAGUACAGGCUGUGCUAAUGAUCUUUAAAAAUUAAAGAAAUCAUCUUUUCUCCCUAGAAUGAAUGGCCCAGCAAUAGGAUCUUUCUUGAAGGAAUCAAGGAGGCAGACAGGUCUUCUUAUCACAAGUUUACACAAGUUCAUAUUCUGAAAGGCUUUAAAGUUGAAAGUGUUUAAGUUGUGGGUGUAGCUCUGUGGUAAAGUGCUUGCCUCGCAUGUGGAAGGUCCUGAGUUCAAUCCCCAGUGUUACCAAAACCAAAAAAACCUUGAAAGUAUAAUCCCAAACCAUCCUUCCCAGUGUAUAGGUACUCUCCUCCUCUGCCCCGUACCUACAUGUCCUGGUAGGCUUUUUUCAUGCCUUGAGCAGCAACCUCCAUAGUACGAAGCACUUCUGCAUUGGUGGUGGCAUUCUCAAUCGCUUCACGCUGAAACUCCAGGGUGGAUAAUGUUCCAUCGGUUUGUGCCAGCUGCUGUUCCAAUCUUUUCUUUCUCCGCAAAGCCUGCAGGGCAGCUGACCCAGCCCACAUCCUGAACAUCAGAGUCAGAAAUACCCGAUUCCCACCUGGGCCCUCCCCAGUGGCUCCUUUCCCUUAUUACCUCUUUUGUUCUUGGUCCCAUGCUUCUUGGCUGUUUGUAGCUCCUGCUGAAUCUUCUGUUCCAGAAACUCCUGUUUUUUGAUCAGUAUCUUCUCAGUCUCCUUCAGUUUCUGUAUUGCUUCUUCAGGGGUUGGCCCCUUUUCCUUCUUCCCUGAA